CGGCCGAGGGCUUCGGCGGCGGCGCAAGCGCGCAGCGGGCGGAGCGGCCGUGAGGCGGCGGUAAGAUGGCGGCGGCGGCCGGGGCGAGCGGGGGCAGCCCGGCGGCGGCGGAGGAGGAGCCGCCGCUGGGCCUCGAGUCGCUCGUGGAAGAGACGGCGGCGGCGGCGGCGUCGAGCGCCGGGUUUCGGCUGACGGCCGUGAGGCGGGAGCCGGCGGUGAGGCUGCAGCACGGAGUCAGCGGCUUGGAGCCGCUGGCCUGGUCGGAGGAUCACCGGGUGUCGGUGAGCACGGCCCGCAGCAUCGCCGUGCUGGAGCAGCUCAGCGACGUGCACGGCGGAGGGCAGGAGAUGGUGAUCCACCGCACCGCCGUGCCCGCGCCCGCCGCCGCCUGUUACCUCAAGGUUGGUCCAAAGAAGGAGGUAGCAGAAUGUAGGGAAAAGUUCUCCAGUUCUAUGGAUCCAACGGUUAGUCAAACUUUUAUGCUAGAUCGAGUGUUCAAUCCCGAGGGGAAGUCGCUGCCGCCAAUGCGAGGGUUCAAGUACUCCAGCUGGUCACCGCUGGGCUGUGACGCCAAUGGACGAUGCCUGCUUGCAGCUUUAACCAUGGACAAUCGAUUGACCAUCCACGCAAACCUCAACAGACUGCAGUGGGUGCAGCUGGUGGACCUGACGGAAAUCUAUGGCGAGCGUUUGUACGAAGCCAGUUACAAACUUUCCAAGGCUGACACUCCCAGGGGAGAACUAGAAGACUUCGCUGAAUUUCAGCGGCGGCACAGCAUGCAGACUCCAGUACGCAUGGAGUGGUCGGGUAUCUGUACCACGCAGCAGGUUAAACACAACAACGAGUGCCGGGAUGUUGGUAGCGUGCUCUUAGCAGUACUCUUUGAAAACAGUAACAUUGCGGUUUGGCAGUUUCAGCUUCCGUUUCUGGGUAAGGAAUCAAUUACUUCUUGCAAUACCAUAGAGUCUGGAAUAAGUUCUCCGAGUGUCCUGUCUUGGUGGGAAUAUGAACAUAACAACCGAAAGAUGAGUGGACUAAUCGUAGGGAGUGCUUUUGGGCCAGUUAAAAUUCUUCCUGUCAAUCUAAAAGCAGUCAAAGGCUACUUUACGCUAAGACAGCCCGUAGUCUUAUGGCAAGAAAUGGACCAGUUACCAGUGCACAGUAUCAAAUGUAUUCCACUUUACCACCCCUACCAGAAAUGUAGCUGUAGCUUAGUGGUGGCCGCAAGAGGAUCUUACGUGUUUUGGUGUCUUCUGUUGAUAUCCAAGGCAGGUCUGAACGUCCAUAAUUCUCACGUGACAGGGCUUCAUUCGUUGCCAAUUGUGUCUAUGACUGCGGACAAACAGAACGGCACAGUGUAUACGUGCUCCAGUGACGGAAAGGUAAGGCAGCUGAUUCCUAUAUUCACAGAUGUUGCUUUAAAGUUCGAGCACCAGCUGAUUAAGCUCUCAGAAGUGUUUGGCUCUGUGAGGACUCAUGGAAUAGCCGUUAGCCCCUGUGGUGCGUACUUAGCCGUUAUUACGACAGAGGGCAUGACUAAUGGUCUUCACCCCGUUAACAAAAACUACCAAGUUCAGUUUGUUACUCUUAAGACUUUUGAGGAGGCAGCCGCGCAGCUCCUGGAAUCUUCUGUUCAGAACCUUUUCCGGCAAGUGGACUUGACAGAUCUCGUACGCUGGAAAAUUUUGAAGGAAAAGCAUAUUCCUCAAUUUUUACAGGAAGCACUGGAUAAAAAGAUUGAGAGCUGUGGUUCUACUUACUUCUGGCGGUUUAAGCUGUUUCUCCUGAGGAUUUUGUACCAGUCAAUGCAGAAAGCUCCCUCAGAGGUCAUGUGGAGACCUUCGCACGAGGACACAAAAAUACUGGUCUCUGAUUCCCCUGGAAUGGGCAGCACUGAAGAUGAUCAAGAGGAAGGAACUUCUAAACGAGCCAGCAAGCAGAGCCUAUGUGACACAGGCAAAGGUACGGACAUAGAUGACACUGCCGAUGAUUCUCUUCCUCAGUCAAGUGAGAUAGGAGGCCACGAGCCAAUGGAAGAAAAGCUGCUUGAAGUACAGGCACAGAUUGAGGCAGUAGAAAUGCACUUGACACGAGAGCACAUGAAACGGGUGUUGGGAGAAGUUUAUCUACACACAUGGAUUACAGAAAACACCAGUAUUCCCACCAGAGGAGUCUGUGACUUCUUAAUGUCCGAUGACGGAUAUGAGGACAGAACAGCACGAGAUUUUUUUAGCACAUCUUCUGUGAUACAUAGGAGAACUGAAAACACUGCUGUAACCAUCACUGGCAUCCCCUCAGUGGUGCUGAUUGGGCAUAUCUUAAAGAAAAUGAACAAACAGACUUUUCCAGAGCACUGCAGCUUGUGUAAAGAGAUCCUGCCAUUCACUGAUCGCAAACAGGCAGUCUGCUCCAAUGGACAUAUUUGGCUCAGGUGCUUUCUAACCUACCAGUCCUGUCAGAGUUUGGUAUACAGGAGGUGUUUGCUUCAUGACAGCAUUGCACGGCAUCCCACCCCAGAAGAUCCUGAGUGGAUCAAGAGGUUACUGCAAGGACCUUGCACAUUCUGUGAUUCCCCUGUCUUCUAGAGAAGAGCUAUGUAAAGACUGACAAUAUUUUCACUACUACAUAAGCUCCCUUCAGUCUAGAAGGAUAUUGGGCACGGAAACAAACACUUCACUGAAAGGGAAGACAAUGUCUGUGACCCUGUAAACAGAACAUUGGAGGUUCUAGAAACUCCUUAGGUCCAGAGGUCAUUCCAUGCUCCAGAACCAGGAGUACAACUGGAAGACUGAGUUCAUAAAGCAAUCUAGAAACCCACUGACGUAUCAGCAGCUGGAUACACUUCCUUUUACUGAAAAGAAGCUGAAGUCAAGCUCGCAGCGUGAACUCUCCUUUCUGCCUGGCAACUGUGUGAUUUCCCAAAAGCUAGGAUGGGAACGGCGGAUCUGCCUCUUGAAUAGUCUUGGUGGGUAGAGAAGGCUUCAGCUCGUAGUGCUUGUUUGCUUUUUAACAAGUACUGGCACUUGCUGCAGAACAUUAAGCUAUCAAAAUAAUUUGUGGUUCUAAUUUCUUGCAGAGUGAAGCAAAUGCCAGUUACAGCCAUAUGAAAGAAAUGGGCCAUUUCUUUAGUUUCACUUAAAGUCUAGAAGACUAACUGCCUUUCAACUAUUGUAACAGUAUUGCAGUCAGAAGGGUCAAAUUGGCUGCCUGUGUCAAAUACGGAUCAGUAAGAAUAAUUUUUAAUGUAAUAAUUAUUAAACUAUUAGCAAAUUGAUUAAACAAUAAUAUAUAUAUAUAACUUCCAGUGCUCAUGUCUCUUGCCCCACUUUCUUUUUCCAAACGAAGCUCUAACCACUUCCUAGCUUUUGCCAGUAUGCCUUCUGUUUCACUGAACCCUCUACCUCCAAGAAUCGUCUUUUCCAGUGCAACUCGGUACCAAAACCAUUACCCAUUUACCAUAUUUGCAAUUGAACUGAGAGUCUCCCUGAUACAGAUGCUGUUUUACAGAAAUGGGGCACACAAGUCAUCACUCCCAGCAGGCAGUUCCUCAUUCCAUAAUGAUGCAGUAAAAGCAAAACAAAAACCCCAACAUGGCUAACACAUUACAGGCGAAGUUUCCACAGCUGGUCGUGGAGCCUGGUAAAGCUUCUCUCAUAUAACCCUGACUUUUUCUCAAGAGAUUCAUAAAUAUGCCAAUGAUGUAGCAUGGCUGAGCCCAGAAAUUUAUUCUGCUUUCUAACCGUCCUGUCAGAAAAAGAUUCUUUCUGUCUUUGGCAUCUAGUUCAUAUGGGGAGCAGGAGAAUCCUUUUCAACUUCCUAUGCAGCGUUAGAGGAAUAAUACCUCUAAAAUAUGUAUGGUUAUAUGGUACAGUUGUCUUGUUAACUUAAAAAACGUUGUCAAAUACUACAAAAUUCAUGUAUUUACAUUCCUCAGAAUAUGAAUUUGGACACUCAAAUAUGCUGCCCUGUUUGUGAUUCAUGACACUUCUGACUGUGUGUGACGUCCUCUGCAGCCAUUUGAGGAAAAAUCAAGGAAUUGUCCUGACAGUAUCAGUCUCCAGCAACGCAUGUGUGGAUUGGUGCCUACGUUUCCUUGAUUUGAUGACUAUGCAUAUUUUCUCAGUGUUCCUUAACCUUUAGCAGGAGCAAUUUUUUUUCAGCUAACACUAAAACACGUCAGCUGUCCUUACCAUCCAGUGUUUCAUGCAUUAAGCAUGACAGUGCUUUACUGAGAAUAAUAUUAAUAUGGUAGACUAGAGCAGCGUAAGCACAUUCAUCUGUAAAAUAAUUAGUCCUGUUUGUAAAUAUCCUUGGAAGCGAUACCAUAACUGUAUUAAAGAAAUGUUUAGUUUUUUAUUGCCAUGCACUGAAAACUGAAAUGGCUGGUGUGUCUGGACUGAAAGAAAACGUGGACUGUGAUAGUAUCUAGUAAAACAAAGUCGGAGUAACCUUGGUACCUAAUUUGUGCGCAGUCUGAGGCAGGCACUUUACCUGAGACAGCAUUUCUGUUCUCCUUCCCAGUGUUAAUGAGGCUUGGGGGAAACACAACAUCUAUUUGCAGCACGAGCUGAACAGAAGGGUUAAUUUGUGGUGGUAGGGGAACCAUUCUGAGCAGAAGCUGCAAGACCUUGUCCGGACGGUCCUGACCACUUCUCUCAGUGAGUAAACGUUCCAAUUUAGAGAUUCACCCGAUUCUGGAGGUAGGAGAACUUUCCAGAGCCAUGUAUAAAAGUUUUUCAAGUCAAAUAUAAUUUCUUUGAUACUGGUUUAGAGACCAUAACAACAUCUUGGUCUGCUGAAAUGUUUUUGGCUGGCUGACCAAAAGGUCCAACACGCUAUCAUUAGAUGAAAUCCUGGCGUUCACUUCUAGCAGUUCUCUUGAAUUUCCUUAGACUUGUAAUGCUUCAGCCACAUAGAAGCUAGUACACCUAGCACUAGUAUUUCAGCAUUAAUGUUUAUUUUCCUUAUCUUUCAAGGCAGUAGAUACUCAGUUUACCAUUGCCCGUUUGUUUAACCUGAUUUAUGACUGCUGGGAGAAUGGAAUUUUAAAGCCAAUGACGUCGGCUUUGUCUGCAUGCCAGUGGAGAUCCUUUAGCACAAAGCUUUCACUUCUCACCCUGUGCCAUUCACAACAGGUAAAGAGGUAUUGUGAUUUAUUUAUUUUUUUAAACAAUCCUUAGUCCCUAAGUGUAUUUUUAACUAGCGUAGACUUGAGUAGUGCAGCACACCUCAGAACAGGAACAUUUAACUUCUGAUGUUGAUCUUGCCGGAAUUUUCUGCCCAGCUACCAGCUGAGAUUUCUUUGGAGAAACCUUUAAUUUGUCUUGGACUCCUGACUUCACUUCUAGGAAUGUGGGGUUUAGUCCCAUUCCUCUUAGAGCACUGUAACAGCCUGCAGAGCUGCGGCAGCACCCUGCUGCGUUAUCCCUCGUGCUUUCCCUAACCAAAACCUUUGCUUUCAUGCUGUGUAUGGGGAAAACAAGUGGAUGAGGGUGGUACGAGCACCUGCUGCCAGGUCCUUGCACUAUUUUUCCAUGAACAGAGCUGCUGUCCCAGCUAGUACAUAGUAGAGCUGUCCAUGUUACAGCCUGGUCUGGUCUGAGACACAAAGUGAAGUAUUUGAAGAAUAAGUCCCACAAAACCAAUUUACUCACUAGGUCUUUGCCCUAAGCUUUGCAAGAUAAACGAAUGAAUAGUUAAAAGCUCUCGAUUGCCUGACCAUUUGGUGGUGAACACAAGACUUUCUUCUUGUGCUGACAACAAGCUUGUCACUCCUCCCCUAGAAUGAAGAAAUCCAAACUGCUCAACAGAUUAGCAGGACAGCUCUGGGCUGGUUUUGGACAGCUUUUUUGUGCCUUGGUGCAAUAAAUUCCAUUGUCUGAACUAAGGUGAAAGUUUGAGGUCAUUAUAACAGUGUCCUGAGUAUCCACACUGUACAUUUCUAAAGAGGAAAUACUGUGGUUGCUAAUAGAUACAUACAGGCAAUAAUUAUUUCCCUGAUUUUCUUAAGUUUACUAGGUUUGAUUAUGCAGCAUAACUCAAUUUAUUCUAGCCUCAAUGAGGGUUUCUCAACACGAAAGAACCGAACGCAAACAUUUAUAGUCCUAGUUAAGGGUUAACGAAUCCUACUUGUACUGCUAUACCUUCAACUGACAUUUACAGGAGACUUGUUUUUACAAGUUUUCCUCAAGUACAAAGCCCUUCCUUUAUUGCUUACCCAGGUUGUGAAACAGCGGGCAGCCUUGCAGGCACAGUUACUGGAGCCUCAGUUGCCACCUCUGGGUAUGGCAUCAGAGAGAGAACAAGGAGAAGAACCCAUCCCACUCCUCAGCCCUCACCACAGAGCAGGUUGGGGGUAAUCACUUAAGCUGUUGCUCAGUUUGACAACAUCUUUGGGUAUGAAACGCGCAAGGUCAGUAUAGUAGCAAUAUAGGAAACUUCAACAUCUGUUGCCGCACAGCACUAGCUUGUGUUAUUUUUGCAGCCAGAAAUAAGGGCGAUAGCCUCAGAACGCUGGUAGUCACGGCAAAAGGCAGAUUUAUAGUGAGUACCAAAAUUAACUAGAAGAAAAAGUUUAGGGGAUCUCAGUUAAUAACAGUGAAAUGCUCAAAGUAGUUAGCAGUGCUAUUUGUUCUCGUCCCCCUUUUUGCGUUCCCUUUUGGAGCUUUCUCUAUCAGGCCUGUCAACGCACAAAGUACGCUUGCAUUUUAGCCAUACAUUGACAAAGGCAGGGCUUUAUCCUUUAACCAGAGCUCGUACCAUCUUCUGUGUGGAAUGCCUGCUAGUGUACUGCUCCCCCCCUCCAUGUGGGCAAACAAGGACAACUUGGUGUCACUCUGUACACCUAGAUUCCUGCCCUACCUAUUGAAGCUGGAGGAAUCAGGACAAGAUUUUUGCCUUUUCUCGGAAGUCUCAGCCCGGGAUGGUUUUUCACAAUUCGUAGAGGCUAGCGUGUACGUACAGCCAUGUCUACAGAGCUUUUGUUCUCACUUCUCAUGGAGGGUCUCGUGUGACAGUAUGUACACUUAAAUUAGUCCGUGCUAUACUCAGCUCUAACUCAUACGAGGUAUGCAUUAAUACUUUACGCUGGAGGUGUUCCCAGACCCUUGGUGUCAGGUGGAAUAUUCUUAUUCUACCACUAAAUGUUAUUAGUGCUGAUUCAGUGUUUAGCUCUCUUUAUUUGCAAGACCUAGAACUCCCGCUGGUCUGUCAUCUGCGUGCAUGAUCUGGGUAGUGACCUCAGGAGUGUCACAGCUGCCUCUGCACAACUAGCCAGGACUGCUUUCAUUGUCGCAACGCAGCAGGUACACAGGGCACUUAUUAGCAUUAACUACACUACGGUUCAGAGCAGAAAGUGGAGUAAUUCCCUGUGCUGUCUUAGGCUGCAGCUGAAUCAAUCCAAAUGUGAAUAUCUGAGUUGGAGCAUCUUCAUCACAGAAGGACUCGCGCACUGCUGAGAGCCUACAGCAGGAGUUACAGGGUCAUGCUGGCCCUGCAGUACACUUAUUUAACACUAAAGUUAGGAAGCCAGUCCUGAAAAGGGAAGAAUCAAGAGCCAUCCAAAUGGAACUGGUCAGAGAAGAGUUUGAUUUAAUUGCUCUGCUAAUUUAAUUGAUCUCUUCAUGCUACUUCAAUUCCAUUCCAGGGUGCAAGUGUUGUAGCUGGCAGACCGCGUGGUCACCAGGCUGAAUGAAAAGCAAAGCUGAGUUUUAAUCUUUAGUUUCUGGAUUUUUCCUUUGAGACUUAGAUCAUGGAGGGUCUGACAAAGCUGCUGUGAAUAUUGAUGCUGUGUAUAUGGCACAUUUUGUAAACGUGAAGCAAACCUGGAUGAGUGUUUUGUAUACUGCGACAGUAGCAUUGUAAUCCUGCUCCUUUUUUAUUCUAAAAUAAAUAAAUGAAGUAC